GCUGGUGAUGGAUGGAUUGAUUGAGUGUCACGUUAUUGGAUGUUUCAUCCGAGCUUCCUUUAAUUAAAUUUUAUUUUUUUCUUGGUGGGUUUGUUCCUUUAAUUCAAUUGGGGUUCAAAUCUAAAAGUGGAGGGCAUCGUCGUUUGGCCUUUCUCAUUUGGAUCUCCCAUCUCUCUGGCACCAUAUCAUACAACUAAGAGCUCCAUUUCCAUUUUUAGAUUCUUAUCUCUCCAGGAAGUCAAGAUUAUAGUUGCGAAUUUUGUUUUUAAUGUGCAUUAUAUUACCUGACGUUCUGUCUUCGAAUUCCAGUGUUUGAUUUACGGAGUUUUAGGCUGUAAAUCAUGGGUAUCUGUGUAUCCAAACCGUCGUCGAUGAAAAUCGUCGCCGUUCCGGCGAAGGGGGGUUCAGUUCUAGGGGUUCAAGGUCCGCUGCCGUUGCAGCCACCUCCGGCCACAGUCGAUGGCGAAAAUCCUAGCAAUGAGAGGGAGGGAGAUAAAAUUGAUUUCGACUUGGAAACUCCCAGGAAGUCGCCCUACUUCCCCCUUUUCAGUCCGAGUCCCGCUCACUAUCUCUUCUCGAACAAGUCUCCGUCGAGAUCUCCGGCGAAUGUGAGCUCCAAUUCGACGCCCAAGCGGUUCUUCAGGAAGCCAUUUCCGCCGCCGUCCCCUGCAAAACAUCUAAUGGCUGUAUUGGCUAGACGGCACGGCUCAGUGAAGCCGAAUGAGGCAUCCAUUCCAGAGGGGAAGGAGAUUGAUGGGCCUGGUCUUGACAAGAGCUUUGGAUUCUCUAAGCAUUUUAGGAACAAGUAUGAGCUCGGAGAAGAGGUGGGGAAGGGGCAUUUUGGGCACACAUGCAGAGCGACGGUCAAGAAAGGGGAACUUAAGGGGCACCAAGUCGCUGUGAAGGUCAUCUCUAAAGCCAAGAUGACCACUGCCAUUGCCAUUGAGGAUGUCAGAAGGGAAGUGAAGAUAUUGAAAGCUUUGAGUGGACACAAAAAUUUAGUACAUUUCCAUGAUGCAUGUGAAGAUCAUGACAAUGUCUAUAUAGUAAUGGAAUUGUGUGAAGGAGGAGAGCUCUUGGAUAGAAUACUCUCCAGAGGCGGGAAAUUUUCGGAGGAUGAUGCAAGAUCAGUAUUGAUACAAAUCCUCAAUGUAGCUGCAUUUUGCCACCUCCAAGGGGUGGUGCACCGGGAUCUUAAGCCUGAGAACUUUUUAUAUGCGUCAAAGGAUGAAAGUUCACAAUUGAAGGCUAUAGAUUUUGGCUUAUCAGAUUUUGUAAAACCAGAUGAGAGGCUGAACGACAUUGUUGGCAGUGCUUAUUAUGUAGCUCCUGAAGUUCUACGUAGAUCUUAUGGCACGGAGGCCGACAUCUGGAGUAUUGGUGUGAUUGCAUAUAUUCUGCUGUGUGGCAGCCGUCCAUUCUGGGCAAGGACCGAGUCUGGCAUUUUCAAGUCAGUUUUGAAGGUUGAUCCAAAUUUCGACGAUCCACCAUGGCCAUCUUUGUCUCCUGAAUCUAAAGAUGUCGUUAAGCGCCUUUUAAAUAAAGACCCAGAGAAAAGAAUGAGUGCUGCUCAAGCUCUAAGUCAUCCUUGGUUUAAGGAUUGUAAAGAAGUAAAAAUUCCUCUUGAUGUACGUUUGCUUAAGCUUAUGAGAGCUUAUAUGUGUUCAUCUUCUCUAAGAAAAGCUGCUCUAAAGGCAUUGUCAAAGACAUUGUCUGAAGAUGAACUCAGCUAUUUUAAAAUUCAGUUCGCACUCCUGGAACCAAAUAAAAAUGGCACCAUAAGCUUGGAAAACAUAAAAGAGACUCUGAUGAAAAACGGAACAGAGGCACUGAAAGAAUCGCGAAUUAUUGACUUUUUGACAUCGCUCAACGCCUUGCAAUUCAGAAGGAUGGACUUUGAGGAGUUCUGUGCAGCUACACUUAGUGUCCGUCAACUGGAGGACCUUAGUCACUGGGAACAACUUGCUCACAGUGCCUACGAACAUUUUGAGAAGGAUGGAAACAGGGCGAUCAUGAUCGAGGAACUAGCUUCGGAACUUGGUCUGAGCCCUUCGGUCCCUGUUCAUUCUGUUCUUGAAGAUUGGAUCAGACACAGCGAUGGGAAGCUGAGCUUCCUUGGGUUUGUGAAACUCUUACAUGGGCCAUCCAGCCGGACGGGUAGACGUCAAUAGUAAUAGGAUGUGUUGAAAUAGAAAUCUCAAAACUACUUAUUGCCCUCUGCUGCCGAAGGAAUGAGAGGUGGGUGGCUAAAAGAUUUGAUUUGGUGUCCCAAAUUCCAUAAUCUUUCAUAGGAGCUGCUACCGUUGUCGUCAGUCAAUCGGCGGGAUUGCUGGAGCAUCUUCAAGCAGCAAUGACUGCAAAUCUCUGAUCAACUAAAACACACACGUCCAUAUGAUAAGGGAGAUGAAGGUGGUUAGGGUAGGCGAUUAUAGGAUUUUGUUGUACAGGUGUUGUAAAAUAUGUUCAGUUUCAGGUGAGUGAUUAGAAGAUUAUAUAUUAUAUAUUACAGAAUUUCUGACCAAAUGUCGGAUGUUGUUGGUUUUGUUUAAAUGUCGGUUUUUAGCUUCCUCCUUUUAUUGAACACUGAAAAGGAUCGGACAUCUAAUUCUUAAUCAAACUUCUUUUCCCA